AUGGCACGCAUGCCGGCUGUACGGUGGAUCGCGAUCCAUUGGGCCCGUUCCUCUUCUCCUUCCUCCCUCCCGCCCGUCCCGGCGCCAGCAGCGCAAGAACGCGCGUGGGCUGGCCUGCUGCUUCUCGAGUGGUGUCCUCCUGCGCCCAGUGGUAACUGCAAUGUUAUGAUGAUCGCCCACACUGUAGAUGUUGACUUUUGGUGCACUUUCGGGCUGUUGCAGUCGGUUCCACGCAGACUGAACUGCGGUCAGUCUCUUUGUCUUGGGGAGCACGAUACAGUACCGUACACAGAAUCAACUGUUAUAAGACCAGCAGACAAUCGAGGCGAUACAAGCAAGCAAGGCGCCUGUCAGCAAGCAAGCCAGACCACGCCAGCUGGUCAGCCAGGUGGACGGAUGGGCUACCCCAUACUGUUGGACUACGGUGUGCUGCUGCUGCUGCGUGACUCUGGUCUCGUCCUUGCCCUACCUCCAUACAUCACUCCCGCCUAUACUCUACUACACUCCAGUACAAUCCUAUACUGUACUCCACACCAGUGCGACCACGCUACUGCCACCACACUUGCACUUCAAAGCCUCGCACCCGACACUGGGUCGGCAACGUUCCCAUCGCGCUCUCUCCAACUCUCUUCCACACUCUCCUCGCCAAUUCCGCAGAUCAACUCGCCAUCACCACCAUCAACCUUCCGAACAUACGCACACUGCAUUCAUGCUGGAAUUAUUGGCCGCCGAGAGAGAUUCCUACCCAUCAUAACCGUCAUGGUCGUCGCAUAA